ACCCCCAGCCAAUGGAUGGCGGCAGCGCUAACCCUGUCCACCAAUAGGGAGACAGCAGAUAAGCGUGGGCGGCUGCUUCCUGGAGACCACAGGUAUAGAAGGGAGAGCUGCGCCCCUGGCCGAUCAGCUUCCGAAGCUUGCAGGAUGAAUGUGGGAGUAGCACACAGCGAAGUAAACCCCAACACUCGAGUGAUGAAUAGCCGGGGCAUCUGGCUGGCCUACAUCAUCUUGGUAGGACUCCUGCAUGUGGUGCUACUCAGCAUCCCCUUCUUCAGCAUUCCUGUUGUCUGGACCCUGACCAACGUCAUCCAUAACUUGGCCAUGUAUGUCUUCCUACAUACGGUGAAAGGGACACCCUUUGAGACCCCUGACCAAGGAAAGGCUCGGCUACUGACACACUGGGAACAGAUGGACUACGGGCUCCAAUUUACCUCUUCCCGCAAAUUCCUCAGCAUCUCUCCUAUUGUACUCUACCUCCUAGCCAGCUUCUACACCAAGUAUGAUGCUGCUCACUUCCUCAUCAACACAACCUCAUUGCUCAGCGUACUGCUGCCUAAAUUGCCCCAAUUCCAUGGGGUUCGUCUCUUUGGCAUCAAUAAAUACUGAGAGAUGGGACUGGGGACAACAUUGGAACAAAAGGCUGUAACAUCUUUCCCUUCUCCAUACUGUCUUCCUUUUCUUGGAAGCCUGAGAACUAUACAACUGUUCCAAAACUCCCAGGAUGAGAACUGGUUGGAAAAUGGGGCUCCCUGGGAGUAGCCCUGCUAGCAGGCUUCUUUGAAUCGGGAAAGGCAGAUGAGGUAAGGGACAAAUCACUCCCCUCCACAGGAGGCCAUGUUUGGGCAGCUUGUUUGGUUUUCCCAUGUCUUCCACCCCCACUACCUCCAGCUCUGUUUUGCUGUGUAUUUCCCUCAUAAUAAAGGUCAUUUUUUUUUUCCA